GCAUCAACUUUCAUCUUCAAACAAUCUGCAAAGAAUUUCUGAUUCAAUCUUCGCUGUUAAACAAAAUAAUCGUUUCAGUUCUUUGUAUGUUGUUGCUGGAAUUCUCAGAUGUGAGAUCAGCAGCUAAUUGUUAGAAUUUGAGGAGAAAUUUUUGAAUCGCAAAAACUGUGUGAUCCAUAUGGUUGAACGUUUACCGGUCGCUAGAAAAUGCUCUUCGGAGGCGCACUGCAUCACCGGCGCACUUUAGUUCCCAUCCUUUUAUCUCGCAGCCAGUUUUCGCCAUGUCGAGAUUGUUGACAGUUGGAAACAUUAGGAGUGCAUUGCGAUCUUUGCGGACAAAACGAGCUAGUAACUCUUCGGAAGAGGUCCAAUAUGGAUCAAUUGUUCGAGUAGGGAUUUGUAGUCCUCAGUAUAGAUUGUUCUCGACGUAUUUGUUGCCUAAACCAGAGCAUGCCCCAAAUGCAGCAUAUAAAAGAGGAAAAGCUUUCUGCAAUAGUUGUAUCAGGAAUUACAGAUCCGGUGCUUUUAGUGCUCAGGUUGCUUGGAAGAGGUUGGCUCAGGCAUCAGCACUUGAUGGGAGGAAAACUCAUCGCACCAUUAGCCGGAUUGCUCAGGCAGUCAGCUUGGGUUUGAGCCGUUCUUGCAUUCUUGUUCCUGGUAUAUUUACUAUGAUAUGUGGAUCUCAGAUGGCAUAUGCUUAUGCUGUUCCAGAAACAGACGUUUUUCCACCGAGGAACAGUAUAAACAUGCAUGCUGAGGACAGCCAUCUUUUCCUGACCAGACUGAUAAUUUCUUUUUUCGAGAGCCUUAUUUUGUUGCUGAGGGCUAUACAUCUUAGUUUUCUGUUUGCACCAAGCAUUGUCAUGGCUCCAUUUGCAGAUAGUUUUGGACCCGAGUUUAGGAAAUUAUGGCUUCAGGUUGUUCAUCGAACUCUUGAAAGAGCAGGGCCAGCAUUCAUAAAAUGGGGGCAGUGGGCAGCCACACGGCCUGAUCUAUUCCCUAGAGAUUUGUGUAAUGAACUGUCGAAACUUCACACCAAAGCUCCUGAACAUAGCUUUGCAUACACUAAGAAGGCUGUUGAGAAUGCUUUUGGUCGUAAAAUAUCUGAAAUUUUUGAUGACUUUGAAGAAGAACCUGUGGCCUCUGGAAGUAUUGCACAAGUGCAUCGAGCUUCGUUGCGGUCUCGAUACCGUGGUCGCCAGGUCAAACCAAUGCUAGUUGCAGUUAAGGUGAGACAUCCGGGUGUUGGGGAGUCGAUAAAGACGGAUUUUGAGAUAAUAAAUGCAGUAGCAAGAAUGUCAAGGUUCAUUCCUGCUCUAAAUUGGCUAAGGCUCGAUGAAAGUGUCCAGCAGUUUGCAGUUUUCAUGAUGUCUCAAGUUGAUCUAGCGCGAGAAGCCGCUCAAUUAAACCGCUUCGUAUACAAUUUUCGCCAAUGGAAGGAUGUAUCUUUCCCAAAGCCUGUGUAUCCUUUAGUCCAUCCGGCUGUGUUAGUGGAAACCUUUGAGCAUGGAGAAAGUGUUUCUCACUAUGUGAAUGAGCUUGAGGGGAAGAAUGAUAGAACAAGUAGUGCUCUUGCCCACAUUGGAACCCAUGCACUUCUGAAGAUGCUCCUGGUGGACAACUUUGUUCAUGCCGAUAUGCAUCCUGGAAACAUCCUUGUUCGUGUAGCUCAGAAAAAUCCAACUCGCAAAAAGAUCUUCAAAACUAAGCCGCAUGUUAUAUUCCUCGAUGUAGGGAUGACUGCUGAACUUUCCAAAAAUGAUCGUGUAAAUUUAUUGGAGUUCUUUAAGGCUGUUGCUCGUAGAGAUGGGCAAACUGCAGCAGAGUGCGCACUGAGAUUGUCGAAGAAACAGAACUGUCCAAAACCUGAGGCCUUCAUUAAGGAAGUAAGAGAAUCAUUUGAUUUCUGGGGUACGCCAGAAGGAGAUUUGAUCCAUCCAACUGAUUGCAUGCAGCAAUUGCUUGAGAAAGUUCAGCGUCACAAAGUAAACGUUGAUGGGAACGUUUGCACUGUGAUGGUGACAGUUCUGGUUCUUGAGGGGUGGCAACGGAAGCUCGACCCAGAUUAUGACGUGAUGCAUACACUGCAGAAGCUGCUUCUGAAAUCCGACUGGGCAGCAUCACUUUCCUAUACAAUCGGAGGGCUGAUGGCCCCAUGAUGUUGGUCUACAAACAAUUUUUUGAUAACGUAGGAACACUAUUACGACGAAAUUGUAUAUCACUUGACAGAAUCAUACGCAUUAGUUGGCUCAUAAUCCUUGAUAUCUCACAAUUUUGCAGGGAUUUGAUGCUAUAUUUGUUUAUUUUGCUGUGGAAAACAGCAAUAUGACGACGUUGAGUUGAUAAUAAUAAACACCUGCGAUUAUGCUUUAA